AUGUUUUCAUUCUACAAUCGCGAUACUAGUGCUGAAGAUUUACACAGCUUUAAUAGAGUAUGUUACGGAAUUUCCACAACCAGUAAUAGUUCCACAUACAACAACUUCAAAACAAAUGUCUACUCACUUAUCUCCAUGCUUGCAUCUAAGUCAUCUUCAUCGCCGAGCAUUUUCUACAACACGUCUUCUGCUGCUGAAAUUUAUCCAAGGGCUUAUGGAUCUUACUUAUGCCGUGGUGAUCUAAAGAACAAGUUUGUCAAAAAUGCGUUUCUGAUAUCCACAUUCGAUGUGUACGAAAAGGGUAGAUCACUUGAUAGUGAUUCGAUAGGUGAGAAGGUUACUGACUACAAUAACUACAACGAGAAAUUAUCGAGCACAAUUCAAGGACUCAUUAGAGAAGCCGAGUUGGGCAAUUGGACACAACCUAAUUUCGAGACAAGGCUCAAAUUUUCGGCAUAUCAAGAGGGGCUUGUGUUUAGCUAUAAUUCAAUUGGAAAAAAUGUGUCCAACUAUGAGCAAUACAAUGAGACGUUGUCUAACACGAUGCAAGGACUCGUUACAGAAGCUAGUUAUGGUAAUUGGACCAAGGCUAAUUUCGCGACUAGGUCUGUUGAGGUAACGGGGUCUCAUGAGAAAAUCUUUGCACUGGUUCAAUGCGCGGCUGAUUUAUCUCCCUUGAAUUGCAGUAAAUGCUUAGGAGAAUUGUAUUCUUAUAUUCCAGAUUGUUGCAAUGGUUCUCAAGGUGGAAUUCUUGUUCAUGCUAAUUGUUUGAUGAAGUACAAUAAUCAGUCUUUCUUCGGUUUAGCUAGUCAUAGUUUUAUGCCAAGUUAUAUUCAU